AUGUCACAAACUACUGUAUCACAAGUAGUAUCGCCAAUGAAAGGUGAUAUUGUUCUAACACGUAAAGGUCAUCGUCGUUUAUGGGAUGGUCGUCAUUGGCGUGUACUUUGUCGAAUAUCGGAUUGUACAGCUCAACGACAAGGUUCAUUAUAUAAUAAAUUUGGUCUAUGUAAAAAACAUUUUACUCAAAUGGAAUUUCAUAAGUUUAAAUCUAAUAAAUCUUCAUCAUAUGAAUCAUCAUUUUUAUCAUCAAAUACCAAACAGAAAGAACAAAAACAAAUAGUUUCUGUAGGAAAACAAGACGAAAACAACAAAACAGAUAAACGUCAUAAUUUAAACAUUAUCGUUGAUAAACUUCGACGUUCACAAACAAUAUCGAAAACAUGUUCGAUGAAAUGA